AUGUGCGGCGAGUGCAAGCGCAACACGGAGCUCGUACACGACCACGCGGCAGGGGACCUCAUCUGCGCCGAGUGCGGGCUGGUCGUCGAGGCGCACAGCGUCGACGAAACUUCCGAAUGGCGUACUUUCUCUAACGAGGCCGCUAAUACCGAUCCCGUGCGUGUCGGCGGGCCGACGAAUCAGCUGCUGACAGAUGGCGGGCUCACGACGAUGAUCAGCGCCGGAAAGAACGGGCAGGGAGGGGCGGAUCUGCCUGGGAGGAAAGGGUGGGCCAGCCAGGGGUCGAACCCUGAUCGGGACUUGAUAAACGCGUUUCAGUCGAUAGGCGACAUGGCGGACAGACUGGGCCUUGUAGCCACCAUCAGGGACCGUGCGAACGAGAUAUUCAAGAAGGUGCAUGACCUGAAGAGUAUUCGUGGGCGCAGCAACGAGGCCACAUACGCUGCUUGCCUGUACAUCGCAUGCCGGCAGGAGGACAAGCCACGCACCUUCAAAGAGAUAGGGUCAGCAGGCAACAAUAUAUCGAAAAAGGAGAUAGGGCGAGCGACCAAGUUUAUAGUGAAGCAGCUAGAAGCGGAUAUGGGGGCCGUGGACAUGGGGGCAGUCAAUGCAGGCGACUUCAUGCGCCGUUUUUGCUCGCAUCUGGGAAUGAAAGGAGCGCCAGUGCAGGCGGCGAUAGAGGUGGUGCAGAACACAGAGCAGAUCGACAUCCGCACCAGCCGAGCGCCCAUCUCCAAGGCUGCUGCCGCCAUCUACAUGGUCACCCAGCUCUGCAGCAACCCCGUUCCCACCAAAGACAUAUCGAGGGCAACAGGUGUGGCGGAGGGCACGAUACGCAACACGUACAAGGACCUGCUGCCCUUCGCCUCGCGCCUGCUGCCAGAGUCAUACGCCAAACCAGAGGACAUUGCCAAGCUCUCGCCCUCGUAG